CAAGCCGACCUUUCACAAUCCGCAGUACCGUAUGGCAGCGGUUACGACCACGACAAUGGUGCCCAAACCCGCCUCCAAGACGUCGAUACCCACGACAGUGCAUGAUUUCCUUGUCCUCCCUCUCCAGUUACCCAAGACUGCUUCAUAUCCCAACGAUGCGACACACUACCUCUACCUGCGCCCGAAUGCGCCCAAAGUGCCCACCGAGACAACACCACGCGAAGUCUUCAUGGUCAACAUCCCUAUCGACACCACCGAGGCUCACGUGAGACACCUAUUUGCAUCUCAACUCGGCGGCGGGCGAGUAGAAAAUGUGGCAUUUGAAGGCGAACGCGUAGGCAAGGGCAUUUCUGCUCCAGUCGCGCCUGUUGUGCAGCAAGGCAAGAAGCGAAAGAGGGACGCGGCGGAUGCAGAAAAUGCUGCAGAAGUGGGAAAGUUGCCUGAGAUAUGGGAUCGGGACAUUCGAAGGAGCGGGAGUUCUGCCAUUGUCACAUUCGUGGAUCAAGAAUCCGCCAAAUUGGCGUUGAAAGAAGCCAAACGGGCGAUCAAAUCAAAAGCAGAAAUUACCUGGGGUGAAGGACUGCGAGACCUUCCGCGCUUGGGCAGCGCUCGAUACAGGACGCAUCACGCGUUGCGAUUCCCAGAUCAUGCUGCACUGCAGGAGAGCGUAGAUGCUUUCAUGGCAUCCUUUGCUGCUCAGGAGGAAGCUCGUGCGAAGCAGCUGGCGCGUCUGCGCAACGAACCUGACGCUGACGGGUUCAUCACUGUUACAAGAGGCGGAAGGCAAGGUCCGGGACGAUUGGAAGAGGCCAAGGCGAAGGAAGAGGAGUUCAAGAAGAGGGAGAAGAGUCGCAUUAAGGAGGACUUCUACCGUUUCCAGACGAGGGAGAAGAGGAAAGAGGAGCAGCAGAACUUGGUGCAUCAAUUCGAGGAGGAUCGCAAGAGGGUUGAAGAGAUACGGAGGAGAAAGGGCAAAUUACGGCCGGAAUGAUUCCACGAAUACUGUGUUUGAUCACUCCUGUGGCGCGCAAAAUGUCCGAGCUCCAGAAUAUCCAGCAGAAAGCUUGCCCAGGUAUCUCCUGUUUCCUCUUCCUGCUGCACAGCCGCUUCCCUUGCGGACAGCAAAAUGAAAAAUGGGGAAUUCGGAGACAUCAACACUCUGCGACCUCUGCACGCGCCCUCGAUUCUACACCUGGCUCGCUUAUCGAGAUCGAACGUCCUGAGUACACUCAACAAGGCCGAGAGAAUAGGAGCUCAGAACAUUCAAGCUCCUCCAGUGAAGAACAUCGAUACAAAGUCUAAAUUUCUGCUCAGCUUUCCAGUCGUGGCCUCUGAGGUGAAUUCCAAG